AGGAAAACUUCGAAGGGAACCACGUACUAGACGGUUCAAUUUGUCUUUCACCCCUAUACCAAAGUAUGAAUAACGAUUUGCACGCCAGUAUCGCUGCGAGCCUCCACGGAGUCGAGGAGGAGAAGGAGGCGGAAAAGGAGGAGGAGGAGGCGAAGGAGGAAGAAGAAGAAGUAAAAGUAAAAGAUGAGGACGAGAAGAAGGCAGAAGAGAACGAGGAGGAGAAAGAAGAGGACGAGGAGGGAGGAGAGCACGACGACGAUGAGGAGGGGGAGCAGGAGGAGGAAGAGGAGGAAGAGGAGGAAGAGGAGGAAGAGGAGGAAGACGAGGAGGAAAGGGUCGGGGCCGACGAAGAGGAAGGAGAGAACGACAACGAUGAGGAGGAGAGCACGAUGGCGAUGAGGAGGAGGGGGAGGAGGAGGAAGAGGAGGAGAAGGAGGAAGAAGAAGGUGUAGAAGACGAGGACGAGAAGGAGGAAGAGUAGGACGAGGAGGAAAAAGAAGAAAAAGAGGAGGAAAACGACGUAAACGAUGAUAAGAGGGAUGAGGAAGACGAGGAGGACUAAGAGGAGGAGUAACAACGAAACGAAAGAGGAGGAAGAGGGGGAGGGGGUGGAGGGGGGGUUAAGGGGGAGGACGCGCAUUACCUGGAGGGAGGACGAGGCUCUCCGCGACGAUAAAUAAGGGUGGUGGCGAUAGCUCCAGCAACUAAG